GCUAGUCACACUGUCAGGCAGCGUAUUCAUCAGCAACAGCUGUGGAAAGUUUAUUUUAUCAACAGAUUAUCCAUCCAUCCUUGAUUCAUCCCUUUCCCUCAUUCACAUAUUCCGGCUUGGGUAGCCACUGCAUCCCGCAUUCCCUCCAGCUGAUUCUUUGUGUUGUUGCUAUGCUGUGCGCAUUGCUGUACAGAUUACAGUGCAGGUAGUAGUAUUUUGCUCGCAGAUAGAUGGGCUAAGUGACGCGCGGUGAGUGUGCUGUGUGCGUUCACUUCGCCAUGGUCUUCAUUACGGCGGAGGACAUCAGCCAGCUGUCCAUGAAGGAGGAAGUGCCGUCUUGUUCCCCCACGGACAACGUGGACCGCGGGCUGUUGGAAGGGGUGGCGCGAUGGGGACCCAAGCAUUCCGGAGCUAAAGAGUUGGCGGGACUUUAUACGGGAGGGAAGCGUUUGCAGGAGUGCCUGUGCAUCGUCGUCAGCGUGGCGCUGAUGUUGGUGGAUUUUGUCUUUCUUAUCAAAUACUUUCGUCCCAACAAUUGGCCCUCCAUCCUCCUGUCCGCUGUGGGAGGCAUAAUUACCGCCGAUUUCGUCAGCGGAUUGGUGCAUUGGGCCGCCGAUUCCUGGGGAUCCAUUGAUGUGCCCGUCAUCGGCAAGGCACUGAUCCGUCCCUUCCGUGAGCACCACAUCGACCCGACAUCCAUCACCCGACACGACUUCAUCGAAACCAACGGGGACAACUUCGCCGCUUCCCUGCCCGUCCUCUCCUUCAUGGCUUACCGGUUCGCGGUGUACAGCGAGAGCCAGCUGGUCAGCGACUACGCCUACUACUGCUACUUCUUCUGGCUGGUCCUCUUCGUCUCCGUCACCAACCAGAUCCACAAGUGGUCGCACACGUACUUCGGACUGCCGCGCUGGGUGACCUGGCUGCAGGACCACCACGUGAUCUUGCCGCGCAAACACCACCGUAUCCACCAUGUGGCGCCGCACGAGACCUACUUUUGCAUCACCACCGGCUGGCUGAACUGGCCGCUGGAGGUGUUGGGCUUCUGGGCCUUUCUGGAGCGCAGUAUCACGCGCUGUUCAGGCGCUCUGCCGCGGGCCGACGACCUGUUGUGGGCCAAGAAGAAGUGAUGCGUGAAACGAGCCCUUCAUUGAUUCCGUCUUCCUUUGGCAGCUGUUUGUUGGCUUUAUAGUGUGGUUAACAGUGGUUUGUAACUUUGUAUCGAUUGCUGUUUUCUAAAUUUUGAUGAUGCGGAUGCUACGAUCAAAACUUAUUUAUUCGCACUAUAACGUUGUAUUUCAACGAUUGUUUUCCCUGUUUCUCUGAUCUGACAGACUGACGGUGAUUGCAGAUGGUAUGCCGCGUGCGGCGACUGCAAAUCGGUUUUAUUGUGUGAACCUGGUGUCUUAUUUUGAACAAUGGACAAGAUGAAGUGAUCUUGAAUACGAUUGUAUGUCAU